UUGUAUAUUGAUUUACAGUGUAGUCUGGUAAGUUAAAGGUAAACGAUAUUAUACAGCUAAGGAGAAACUAAAAGAAGAAAGGAAUAUAUUGAGAGGAAGGAAAGGAAACAGAAUAAGGCAAUAUAGUAGUUGGACAGCCGCUGUUGGCAUAUCGGCAUAUCUUGGUGAGAAGAUGAAGAAGUUGGGUUACGCAAGAGAUUAUGGGGAAGAAUUGUCCAGAGCUGCCAUAAUUGUAAAGCAACGGACAAUCUUUGAGCUAAAUCGAGCUGAUCCUGAACCGCCUCCAAGUCCUCAAAGGGGCACAAACAACCACGCCCACGGUCAUGGCAGAAGAAGUAAAGCCGUGGAUAAGAGUUGGAUGAGAAAAUGGAGAGGAUCAACAGAGUAUAUGGAUGUGGUUAAGGCGUUUUUGAUAUUUUCAGCUGUCAACUCCAAAACUAAAGGAUUUAUCGUGUGCCCAUGUAAGAAAUGUUGCUUGGGAAUGACAUUGCGAGAAGUUGUUGUGUACGACCAUUUGACUUCGGGAGCAGGGAUUUUGGAGGCCGGUUACACCGAGUGGGUUGUGUACACACCUGAUUAUUUGUUCCUUCUGCAAACGAUUUUGCGGUCAAAUCCCCAGGGGGCUGUUAAUUUUGCACUGAUGAUGUCUCAAAUUGAGGGAGGUUGCCUAGUUGACUACAACACAAUAACAUAUCUGUUUCUUCAUGUUCAAUUGUAAUUUUCCUUAUACAUGGUUCUAAUAGUUUCAAAUUCAACGUAGACUUCAUUUUCUUCGUAAGCUACUAAAAUGUGUUUUAGAUAUGAAGUUAGAGUUAGAUAUUUUCUC